CAAAAAAAUGCAGUGGUAUUAUAAUGGCACUCGCAUUGCUCGAAUCACUGGAGAUCCCAAUAAGACCUGCACAGAUGUUCAGUGUAUGGAAAGAAAUCGGAGAUUCAGAGGCAGACUGUAUCUGGAUCACCAGACUGGAUCUCUGACCAUCAGAAACAUCACAAGCACAGACUCUGGAGAAUAUAAACUACAGAUCAUCAUCCCCAGCAUCAGCAGCACUGACAAGAUCUUCAAUGUCAUCAUUAAUGGUCAUUCUGCUGCUGAAAGAGAGGAAAUGAGGAGAAAGUCGGUUAAGGAGGGGGGAUCCGUUACUUUGGAUCCUGGUGUGAUAAAAACCCCUAACGAUUUGAUGAGGUGGCAUUUUAAUGACAUUCCCGUCAAUGAAAUCCCUGGAUAUCUGAGUAGGAGCUGUGCAGAUGUUCAGUGUAAAGAUGCUGAUGAGAGAUUGAGAGACAGACUGGAGGUGAAUCAGACCGGAUCUCUGACCAUCACGAACACCAGAACCACAGACUCUGGACUCUACAAACUACAGAUCAACGGCAGCGGAUUCAGCAUCAUGAGGACAUUCAGUGUUAAUGUCACUGCUGUUCCAGAUUCAGGUCAGUCUACAGUUGUUGUAGCAGGAAUAUGUGCAGGUGUUGGUCUGCUGGUGUGUGCAGCUGCUGCUGCUGCUGUGAUUUGCUAUUGCCGCAGACAAAAUAAAGGCAACAGGAAGCAGCACAAUGGUAUAGAAUUGACAUCCCAUAAUUGCAGUAACCCUAAUUCGGACAUUAUUGACAGGACAACUCCUAAUCAAAAUGACCCUCAGGACACUACUGAUGGGACGUCCCAUCCUGAGAAAGCCCCAUUAAUGGAAGCCAUAAAAGGAAUAUCCCCUAGUCUCAAUGGCCUUCAGUUUAAGGACACUACCGAUGGGGCGUCCCUACACAAACUGACCUUGAUUGAAGUUGAAGGACACUACCGAUGGGGCGUCCCUACACAAACUGACACUCAGUUGAAGGACACUACCGAUGGGGCGUCCCUACACAAACUGACCUCAGUUGGAGGACACUACCGAUGGGGCGUCCCCACACAAACUGACCCUCAGUUGGAGGACACUACCGAUGGGACGUCCCUACACAAACUGACCUUCGGUUGA